GCAGAACAAAUUAUCAGCAAGAUGAACAGAAUCAUUCACCUGAGCUUGGCCUUGCUGGUGUUUUCUCUCGUCAGCCAUGGCCACCAUGAUGUCGAUCAUCCCCACGAUCAUCAUGACCCCAAGGCUGCUAGCAAGAUCCAGCGCAAUCUUGUUGAUUUUGCAAUUGAACUCUACAAAAUCCUGGCUGCAAGAUCUCAUGAAGAGAACCUUGUUUUCUCACCCUGCAGCAUUUCUAUGUUGCUUUCAGUUCUGUUAUUAGGGACAGACUCCAACACUCAUGCAGAGAUUUUAAAUGGCCUUGGCUUUAACCUGACACACAUUCAGGAAGAUGAGAUCCACCAGGGGUUUCAUGAACUUCUCCAUCUGCUUAAGCAUUCAGAGAAGGAUUACAAGCUGGAUAUUGGGCAGGCCCUAUUUUUAAAGGAAGGCAUACAGCCAUUGCAGACAUUUUUAGAUAAGAUUAAGGAACUCUAUGAAGCAGAAAUCCAAACCACCAAGUUUCAAAAACCAAAAAAAGCUGAAAAGCAGAUCAAUGAUUAUAUAAAGAAAAAAACACACGGGAAAAUUGCAGAACUAGUCAAGGAUCUUGACCCAGAAACAGUCUUUGUUCUCACAAACUACAUAUUCUUUAGAGGUAACCUUCACAGGGAAAAGGAAUGAUUCCUUCACUAAAGGAAAUAUCCAGAGAUGCUAUUUGAGACAGAG